AUGCAAUUUCUGGAUAAAAAGAUCACUUGUCAAUUCCCACGUGGCUUCGCCACUAAUUUGACGACCGGCGAGGAGGGGAAAGCUACCGACCCUCAGACCGGUCCGCUAGAUCACCAUCUCGAGGCUACGAGGGCCGACGACGUUCUCCCCCACGAAAUCGCUCUCGCCCUCGCGCUGACACCUGGGUGCCGUCAAAUCGAGGAUUUGCACGACCCCGAAGUCGUUCGCCUCCUGACUACCGCCGGCGCUCACGAACACCCCCCUUCCAACCACGAGCCUAUGGUCAAGCCCCAUACGGUCGCCGUCGAACGCCACCUCCUCGAAGAUUCUCUCCCAGAAGAGACGAAAGGACUAGAUCGCCGCCUCCUCCGUCGUGGAGACCCCGGUCUCCGUACAAUGAUGGAAAACCGCGCGAUGCUUCACGGGGUCGGAGCAGCCCGCGCCGUGCCCGCGACGUAUCUCCAGGAAAUCAAGAAGUCCGGCCAGCUAGGCGAAGUACUCCCACCGUUCCCAAUAACGACAGGAACAGUCGUGUGCUGUCUCCAAGAGCUCCGGUCCCGGCCCCGGCCCCGGCCCCUCGGCCGCCUACAAUUCGCUCGCAAAGUCCCUCUCAGCCUUACCGCCGCGAACAGCAUGCCGAUAUGA